AGUCCACACGAGAAGACAACACCCACCAAAGUUUGCAACAAAAGUCAGAGACAUUCCGGCUGACCUGCGCGUCCACUCACACACUCUCUCUCACUCACUCUCUCUCUCUCUCUCUCACAGCGUGAACGGGUUCAUCUGCGUAAAUCCAGCGCAUCAUCAGCAUUUCCACCUCUUCAUCACCAGAUCCUUCAUCGCAAUGGCAGCGUUGGGAAACCGUGGAACUGUGACGGAGGCUUCAGCCUUCAGUCCAGAUGAAGAUGCUCAGAAACUCUAUAGUGCUAUGAAAGGAGCUGGCACCAAUGAGGCAACCAUCAUUGAGAUUCUGCCUCAUCGCACUAUUGCGCAGCGCCAGAAAAUCAAGGAGUCUUUCAAACGGACCGUUGGAAAGGAUCUAAUUGAUGAAUUGAAGUCCGAGCUCACCGGAAACUUUGAGAAGGUCGUUGUCGGCCUGCUGAUGCCUGCGCCGGUGUACGACGCAUAUGAACUGAGAAAUGCCAUCAAGGGCGCAGGUACAGAGGAAGCCUGUCUGAUUGAUAUCUUGGCCUCCAGGAACAACGCUGAGAUAAGGGAACUCAUCGCUACUUACAAGAAAGAAUAUGGCAAAAGCCUUGAGGAUGACAUCUGUGGAGACACUUCUGGAAUGUUCCAGAGGGUCUUGGUCUCUUUCCUCGCGGCCGGCCGUGACGAAAGCUUCAAGGUAGAUGAUGCUCAAGUUGCCAAGGAUGCAAAGGACAUCUUUGAGGCGGGCGAGGCUCGCUGGGGAACGGAUGAGGUCAAGUUCCUCACCGUUCUGUGUGCGAGGAACAAAAACCACCUUAUUCAAGUGUUUAAAGACUACCAGAAGAUUUCAGGACGGGACAUUGAAGAGAGCAUAAAGAGAGAGAUGUCUGGCUCUCUGGAGGAUGUUUUUUUAGCAAUAGUGAAAUGUCUGAAGAAUAAACCGGCAUUUUUUGCUGAAAGACUCUACAAGUCAAUGAAGGGCUUAGGCACCACAGACAGUGUGUUGAUGAGGAUCGUGGUGUCUCGUGCGGAGAUCGACAUGCUGGACAUCAAGUCUGAGUUUCUCAGGAUGUAUGGAAAAACCCUGGGCUCCUUUAUAAAGGGGGACACAUCCGGGGAUUACCGUAAAAUCCUGCUGGAGCUGUGCGGCGGGGAAAAGUAGGCGAGACGCGAAAGGGCGGCCACGUCCUGCUCGUUCAUUAGCGUGAUACGCUUUUCAAAGGCCUACAACAUUUCAAACACAUUCCCUGUUAGUAACCAAACAAUGAUGUUAAAGAAGAGUGAUGGAUUGUUUGUUUAUUGCCUUUGAACAGUAGCCUUUUAUAGAUUGGAACGUGAAGUUGAUCAUAUAAAUAAAAGGAGAAAAACAACCCA